AUGACUCAAAUUAAACCAAAUAAAAAAGAUGCUGUCCGCCAUAAUGUUAAUAUAGACAGUUCCGUUUUAGUUAGAUUAUCAACUAUCAUUUCGUCCCAUGAUAAGACAGAACUCACAAGGUUUAUUACAGGUGGAUUAUUGUUAAAAGUGUUGACUAGCUGGUCGUACUUUGCAUCUAUUAAUGACCAUAGUCAAUUCACGGACAUAUCUAUCAAAUUAUCAAAAGCUUCCAAUUUGAUCCAAGAUUAUAAUACCAGCGACUUAAAACCGUUAUUGGUUGACUUCUAUCAACACAUAUUGAACAAUGACUUGAAAUAUGUAUAUAGAGGAUUAAAUAGUGGUAAACCUCUAUUAGCAAAUUCAAUGUUGAAUAUUUUGAGUAACUUGAUUAGUUUUGAUAAUGGAUUAACCAAUGAGUUUUUGGACAAGUUUGACAUGACUUUAUCAACAUUACCUAAAUUAUUAGUUCCAUCUAAGAUAGACUUGGAAAAAUUUAGUCAGUUUAAAGAUAAACCUGAUAACACUCAUCUGUUAAUAAGAUACAAUUUUAUUAAAUUCUGGAUUAAUUUAAAUUCUAAAGUUUCCAGUUUUAUAAGAAAAGAUUUACUAACCAAUAAUCACAAAAUCAUGAAUAACCUUUGGAAAUACAUGUUUGAAAUUGAUUCAGUACCAGUAUUAUUAAGUGUUUUUGAGUUUAUUGACUCAAAAAUAUUAGAUGAAUCAAACUUUAAAAAGUCAACCAAAUGUAAAAUUUUGAAUGAGAGCUUUUUCUUUAAAAUUCAGCUCAUAUUUAACAGAUUGAGUGACAUUAACAAUGAUGAGUUUACUAAGUCUUUUAUUAAUUUAUUGACAAAGCUUUCUACAGAUUUUGCUAAUGGUUUGAAUUAUCCUAAUUUUAAACUCUGGCAAUCAUCUACAGAUAAUGGUAUUCCGAUAAACAUUAACAACAAGUCUUUCAGAAUUUAUAAUAAAUUGAUAUAUACAACUUUGACCAGUUUGAAACCAUGGGAAUCUCAUGCUCAGUUACAAUUAGUAAAAAAUAUAUUAUCUGCAAAUAUAGAGUUAGUUCCACCUUACAUGAAUUGGUUGAUACAGAAUGGUGGAGGUUACCACGACCCUUCACUUACAUCUUGGUGGAUAGGGCACACCUUACUUUUCAAAGAAAUUCUUUGCUUGCCAACCCCUAAUCUUUCAACUGAAGCAAAAAUAAAUAAUAGGAUUGUCCUCGAAAACAUCAGUUUAGCACCGUUAUCAAAAAAUUCACUAAAUAAGUGCCUUGAAUCAAAACAUUAUUUGAUUGUACAGUUGUCUUGUCAAUUAAUAAUGUUCACCUUGAUUAAACUAACCAAGGUAUUAUCGUCCAAUUUCUUUAUUCAUAAUAAUAAUGCCAAUAAACAAGAAUUGAUCGAGUUGGUUUUUAAUAACUUGCCAGACUUUAAUGCUCUAGUUCAGGUUUUACUUACAGUUAAUAAAGCAUUCCCAGAAAAGACUGAUAUGAAGUUGCUUAAACUAACGUUGACAAUGAUCAUAAACCAAUAUCAAUUAGUAUAUCCAUCUUCGUCUCAAACUUUAAACAAGUUUGUCAGUUAUGAAAUUAAUGAAUUUAUCAAUGACAAUCAAGCAUUGAAUAGUUCUGGAUAUAAUUUGUCAUUGUUAGAUAAUUACCUCUCUAUCCAAUCCAACCAACAACAAGAGAAUGAUUUAAAAUGGUGGAACAAAACAAAUAGUGGUAAUUCAUUUUUCACAUGUUUAAUUAAACUUUCAACAAGUGGCAAGAUUGAUGAAUCUUUUAUUUGGAAAUUUUACAGAUUGUUGAACAAGUUAACUGAAAACACAAUAAUUUUCAACAAAGAUUUGAUUAUAUCUCCUAUAUUAGCAUUAAUUCAUCUGUUUAAAGAUUCAAGUCCAUCUCCUAAAAUUUGGAAGUUAUUGGAUGAAGUUAUUUCUAGAUCAGUCAAAUCUCCGUAUAAAUAUCUCGACUUGUCUCAUACAAAAUUCAGCGACGUGAGUUUAUUCACUAUUGUGCUAUUCGAACAAUUUAAAUUCAUUCUCAAUGAUUCAGCAGUCAAUCAGAAAGAAUUAGAAAAAAUCAUUGAAUGGUUAUUUAACUUUUUGAAGUACGUAAUUGUUAUUGGUGAACCAAAAGAAGCUAUUCAUGCUUUGCUUAAAGAAUAUUUGACAACCGACGAAAAAUUUGCGGACAUUGUAGACCGCAACCAAUUGAUACAUAUGAUAGAUUUCACAGGUACUGAAAAAGUCAAAGAGGAUUCUUCUUAUUUAGAAUUACUUAUUAAUACGUCAAAUACCAAUUUGCUUACAAAAGCGAACGUGCUUUAUAAGAGAUUCCCAAUUUCAAAUUUUGAUUUUGCUGGCUUGUUUACAAGAUUAAAAUUGAUUACUCAUGAUGAAAAGCUAAGAAAUGUUGAUGAUAUUCUCGUUGAUUUGGUUUCUAAACUAGGUAACUAUUUAGUUACGGUAAUUCCACGGGAUUUGUUAAUGGUUAAAUUUAUCCUUGCAAAAAAGUUUUGGCAAGAUCUAAUUUUUAGUCCUCAGAUUGACUUAACCGCUCCAUUACCAAAGAGAGUUCUAUUUGUUGGAAAUUUGCUUAAUGAAGUAUUUCAACAAUUACCUCAAGAAUGCUUUGAUAUGAAUAAUUCCGAGUACCUGAAUUUCAAUGAGUUUAACUUAAUCUUCUUCAAUUUAUUCGGAUAUUCCGAAACCAUGCCCUUUGAAAACCAAAAUUUUAUAGGAAAGUUCAAUUGGGUACUUACGAAUGAUCAAAUUAUUAAAUUAAUUAAUACUAUUGAACCCAAGAAUUCUCUACUCGUUACUAGAUUGUAUGAAAUAUCAAUGCAAAGAUCAAUCUCAAUGAGUUUUGAUAACUUUGAUAAUUUUCUCAGUUUAAAAUUACCUGAACUGAACGAAUAUGAAACUGAAAAGAAAUUGAUAUUGAGUAACUUGAUCGAGUCAAACUUAGUACUUUUCGAGAAUGAUGAGUUAUUCAGACAAAUUGAUAUUAUUUUGCAAAAUGAAUCAAACUAUUAUUUAUUAAAAUCUUUAAUCAAUACUGAAGAUUUAAUUAAAAAGAAUGAAAUAACAUAUUAUUUGAUAGAGAAGUCUAACGCAGGAUUAAUAAAAGAUGAAUUUCUUUUAUGCUUCAUUGGUUAUUCAAUUUCUUUAUCUUUAUCAUUCUCUGAUUUGGAAGACCAAAAGCUUUUGGACUUUUUGAACAAGGUUACUAGAAUUGCAUUGAGAAUUUUGGCAGAAGGAAACUUUGAAUCUAAAUUAAGCUGGAACAACUUAUUAAAUAUUUUGGCUAGUAGCGUGAACAGCAAUUCUAUUUCCACCGAACAAAAACUGAACUUAAUAAACCAAGCUUUUACCUAUAUUGAGAAAAAUGGUUUUAAAAAGAGUUUGAUUCCAGAAUUCGGAAAUUUAAUCUAUCAGAUGAUUAAAUCUACUGCAGAUUUAAACGAUGAUGUGAGGUUAUGGUUACAUAAGUCGAUGCUCUUUGUUACAAAGAAAUUUGCAGAAACAAGCGAACUAUCUGAGAACUUCCUUAAGUUUUUGAAUGAAGUCAAGAAUAUUAUCAGGUUAGUUCCUUCAGUGUCUUCUUCUAUUUGGGAAUUAGUGCCAAUCGCUGUAAUUAACACUCAAUUAGAAGUGAUAUUAAAUCACAAAGACUGGGUUUUGGAUUCUAAUGUUUUAGAAUUUGUGAAUUGCAUUUUAAUGAGUGUCAGGAAUAUUAAACAUGUUCAGUAUGAAAAAUUGUUGCAAAUAUUUGUUAACAAUGAAUUUAAUAUCUUGAAUAGCCUACCAUCGGGUAAAGAUAUGCGUUUGAGAUUUGAAUCAGCCUUAAUUUUAUCAAACUUGUUUUUCAUGAAUCCUAGUAAAAAUUCUACAUCUGUUUUGUUAGAAAAGUUAGUGUUAUUAUACUUGGGCUCUAUUAGACUGGAAGAUCUUCUUAUAAAGUCAAUACUUGUUAAAAUCGAAGCUAAUUUGGUAAAGUCUUGGAUUAGCUUGAUUCUGAAUUGGGAACUUUCGGAAGAAACUUUGAGUGAUGAUCUUGAGCUAAUUGGCGAAGAAAGGUUGAUAUUGAAGGACAAGAAGACGUUAGCGAUUUCUUUAAACAAGAAUUUUAUCAAGAAUUCAAUUAAGCAUGAAGGUUCCAACUCUGCGGUUUCAACUUUACCGACGAGUUUAUUUAACUUCCACUCGAGCAAGGUCGAUUUCAAAAAUGCUUGGGAAGAUGCUGAAUCCUUUUAUGAAAAUAAUACAGCUCGUAUAGAACAAGAAUAUCAAAAAACAAUUUAUGACGCAGAGUUCCUUAUGAUGUUGAUAGUUAACAAUCAUGAAUUAGUUCAAGUGGAUAGUAAUGAGGAAGAUGGUGAAACGAAAAUAAAGUUUGAAAUAAAGAACUUGAUUGAUUCUAAUUUAUUACAAUUCAUUGUUGUAAGCUUAUCAAACUCGUCUGAACUAAUUCAAAAUAUUUCUAAAGCUUUGAUAAGCGGAAUAUUGAAAACACUUGAAAGUAAUGAUAGCUUCAAAGAUACUAAUCUUUACAAAGUCUACUUAUCGAACAUCCUCCAUACGUUAAGAACUCCAGAAAGUGAGAUUGCACCUUUAAUUUGGUACUUUUAUAGCAGCUUGAUCCCAAUUUUGUCCAACCCGGGACAUUUCUUGUAUGAAAGAUCAUUCCGUUAUAUCUUAUCAAACCCAACUAUAAAGAAGCAUGAUAUUCCUUUAUUCGCCCCAAUAUCGAUGUCGAACAGUAACGAUUUAGAAUUCGAGAAUGAUGAAUCUCAUUAUAAACAAAUAACCUGGUUAAUUCAGAAUUUUAUUGAUGGCACUAAAGAAGUAGCAGAUUUGAACAUAUUGAAAGUAAGAGGUGUUAUUGAAUGGGUUAUGAAUUUAUUAAACUCCCCAUUCAUUACCACGAACAUCAAGUCGUUAAUAUUAACUUUCAUAUAUACUGUACAGAAAGUUGAUCAAGGCUCAGAUAUGUUGAUUACGAAAUACGCUAUCUUAACUAAUUUAGAGCAGUUUCAACAGAAAUACAAUAGUGAAUUGUCUACUGGCGAUGAAAAAGCCAGGUUAAUUAACGAACAAUUGAAAUUGAAUAUAGAUGAAAUUUCAGUUCGAUUCGGUGUGAGUGUCGGAUCACACAAAAGAAUAAGAACAUGGACAAGUGGUGACUUACCUAGCUAUGUUAAGAGAAUUCACAAAUCUUAG